UCGAUCAUCUUUGUCUUAAAGGGUGACGCGUGACGUUUCAGGAAGUGUGGGCUAGACCAUAGAUUAAAAAAAUAUACUGAAGAUGCGCCAGCCGCUGAAGAGAGUAUUGUAAUUUUGGGACUCAGCAUAAGAAAAUCCUGCUUUCUUUUAAGUUUCCCGAAGGGCUACAACGGCUUUUUUAUAGUAUUUCGACAACCUUGGGAGUUUCCUCCUCUUACUUUAGCGCAGCCUUUCAAAACAACGCCAGAUAACAUCAGUAUAAGUGUUCAGUUGGAGAAAUGGGACGUGGUGAGGAGAUUAGCAGCUACAUCCGUGCCCUCCAGUGGAAAUACGAUUCCUGCCUUUGCUGAGUUGUUCUUCUGUGGGUACAACAGCUAGCAUAUUGAUGUUCUCACUGUUUGAGCUGUUGUUCUUAGCUAAUUACUGUAGUGUUAGCCCGGAACCGUCGUUUCUGGUUAACUGCUCGGCUUGUGAUGGCGUGGCAAUAGCAGCUUCAUUGUCUGUGUAAUCCUUGGAAAGGCUAUGCACGAAAAACUCGGAUGUGACUCUUUAUAAGUUGUCAAAGACGUUACAAGGAAACCAGCGGAGGAGAAACGCCUUGUAAUCGUCUUCACCGAGCCACUGACAGCCAUCUGACGUCUCUUCACGUCUUCCUGGCCAGGUGUUAAACUGCUGAGCAGCUGAACAUGGAAGAUGAAGUGUUUGACCAGAUUGUGGCCGUGUUUAACAGCCUGGUGUCGUGGGUCGCGGCCGGUGCCAUGGUGUUUGGUGGGGUGGUGCCCUACAUCCCCCAGUACAGAGACAUCCGCCGGACCCAGAAUGCAGAAGGAUUCUCCAGCUAUGUGUGCCUGGUUCUCCUGGUGGCAAACAUCCUACGGAUACUCUUCAGAUUUGGCCGCUACUUCGAAACGCUGCUGUUGUGGCAGAGCAUCAUCAUGAUCGCCACCAUGCUCAUCAUGCUGAACCUGUGCACCAACGUCCGCAUGGCCGCUGAGCUCAACACCAAAAGACGCUCCUUCAUAGCAACAGACAGUAAGGACGAGGAGAUCAGAAUCCCUAAAAGGCUCUUUCUGGACUUUGACUGGAACCACUUUUGGUCAUGGAGUCACUUUGAAGACUAUGUGCAGUGCGUGCUGGCCUUCACGGUGGUGGCGGCCUACAUCACCUACCUCCUCCUGGACUCUGCGCUGUUCGUGGAGACCCUGGGCUUCCUGGCUGUCUUCACAGAAGCAAUGCUUGGCACGCCGCAGCUCCACUGCAAUUAUCAGAACAAGUCCACAGAGGGCAUGAGUAUUAAGAUGGUGCUGAUGUGGACCAGCGGCGACACCUUUAAAACAGUCUACUUCCUGCUCACCAAGGCUCCUGUGCAGUUCUGGACAUGUGGAAUGUUACAGGUCUUCGUGGACUUUGCCAUCCUGUUCCAAGUGUACUACUACAGCCGUUACCCACAGAAACCAGUGUCUCACACCGUCUCCCACGCCACCAGUGCUAAAGCCCUCUGAGGGCCUCUGUAAGCUCUCUGAGGACAUGUCAACGCUCAAAAACACCAGUGAGGAAGCACUUCCAGAGGCGCUGCGGACAUCUAUAAACAUACACGAGUACCAAAGCACCUUGAGAUGAUGCAGACUGCUCACCCUCACUUCCAAGUAUACAUAAAGACACAUGCACACCCAUAAAUAAGGCAUGAACACACACAGACACUUUGUGGUGUUGGUGUCUGCAGCGAUACCUGAAGAACGCUUGUUACAAACUCAAUCCUUUUGUUUUAUUUAUCCUACCGAAUUCUUCUCAGUGCGACAGUAUGCUUGCGUCUUGGAAUGCAGACCUCUCAAAGAACAUAUACUUUAAUCAGCCUGUGCACGUGGAGAAUAUUAUGCUAAUACAUGAAUAUAUACAGUCUAUAAACUGUGGAUGUAUGCACUGAAAAUUGUGCUCAAGGAAAUGUGGACCAGCUUUUGUUGUCCACUGAUAUGCUGAUGAUUGUUGCAUGGACCCUCAGCCUUAAAACACACAUUCAAACAUGGCUUACCAGCAAUAUAAAUGUAUGAGUCGAUCAAAAAAUUAUACAUACAACAUUACUGAAUGUACAAAACAGAAUUUGUUUUAGUCUCCCCAACUCAGUGGAGAAGUGCUGGUCAGUCCCCCACUUGUUGGACAGACGGUUAGCAUGUCCUCUGCCACAGAGGCUCACUCUUGUGGAAGCUAGAGGCAAUCAGCUUUUACCAAAAGGAGAAGAAAGCCUUGGAGAUGCAGUACACUGGCAUUUUAAAAGAACAAACAUAAGUGGCAUUGAAGCUAGCUGAGUCAUGAGAAAACUGAGCCUUGUCAAAGCAAGUAUUGCUUAAAGCACAGGUGUUGAGUUUUUGAAAACGUCAUGAAACAUCUUGAACAUCAUGACCAGUGUUCAGGCUGCUCGGGCUGUCAAAAGGCCAAAAGAUUUUUGUACUGAAGCGCUUGAUGACAUUUUGUAUGUAAUUUUGAACACUGCAAACUAGCUACAGCUAACAUCUGUACAGCAUGUACAUUAGCUGUUUGAGCGAAUAAACGUGGCCUGCAACAAUAAUCUAGUAGUCAGAUUUGCACAAACAAUCAAAGAAUUUGAAAACGGGAUUAUCAUAGAAUUUAUGUUCCUCCAUCGGCAGGUCCUUAAAGGAUCAUUUUGGGAUAUUGUAACCUUAUGCUGCAUUCAGACAGCGGUGGCAGAAUGGGAAAAACAUUGGGAGUGUUUACACUUUUUUGUUUUUCUAGCUUUGUGGUGGCAGCAGUUAACUAAUUCUCUACUUUUGUUGGGGGACUGUAUUGGUGUAUUUUAUUAAGAUGUUACUGCCAAUAGUGGUGGUUUUGGGGUUGUUUUGUCAGCAGCUUGUUGACGCUAGUUCUUUUUCACCUGGUGGGAGAUAAUAUCAUAGCAGUCAACAUUUUCCAAUAUAUCUGACUCAGAAUUACAGCUAGGAAGCUGCUCAGAAUUACAGUGUGAACUAAUCAGUUGGAUUAUGCAUUACUUUGCAAUUUUGGCUGUCAUUCAUGUCUGCAUUAAUAAUAUUAUAUGCACCAGGUUAAUUAAAGACAUCUGUAGAAGCACCACAAUGAAACAUUAUUUUUUUUUUUAUUUUGGUGAGCACAGUGGUUAUUAACUCCAAUAUAAAUGACAGCCGUGAAGUGAAACCCCAGUUUUAAUGAACCAGAAUGAUCCUUUAAGAGAAUUUCACUUUGGCUUUUACAAACUGAUGCUUCUCAGUACACUCAGAAAAACAAAAAAGAAAAAUCAUAUCUUCAUUUACCAUCAUAUAGGCUGACACUGACUGGCCAGUUUAUUGUUUAGAUUACAAGCUCCAAUAACAUCCCUUGACAUCCCUACUCAUAUGAGUUCACGUUAUCGUGUGGUGCAGCUUUGGGCAAGCUGCGCUCAUCACCAUUUUGUCAUGAGAAAUUAAUUUCCUGUUCAAAAAGGAGAAGCAGGCAGACAACACAGUGAAGAUCUUCUUUGUUAUUGUUGUUGUUUUGUAAUUUCUCUCCAGGGAAGAAAGAAAUGUCAAACCAGGAGGUGCGCAACUGUCAGCACUUCAGUGAACUGUGUACCAGAGCAGACCUGAUUCUGUCCUCUUCUUCUAAGCCUUGAGAAAUGGAAACCUCCCUUUUGUUCCAGUGGGAACAAAUUCUAUGAAUGUCUUUGCUGGCUCCUGAAGAGAUACUUUUUUUGUUAUCAUUUUCACGAUCUCCACAUACCACUGUGUUAUCACGUAUGUCUGUUCUUUAUUCAGAUAUUGGUGAGGGUGACUGUGUUUUUUGGAUAAUGUGAGAUACCUUACAGGUUCUUGUUGGGCUCAACAGCAUCAAAAUGACCUCAGCGUUUCACUUUAUUUACUGUUUACUUUGCUGUGUCCCAUUUUAAUUAUUGUACUUUUUGUGUUUUGCAUUAUUUGGUUCAUUCGUUUUAUCAUGUGAAGGUAUUUCCUAAUAGUAGUGGCCAACUUUUGCAUUGUUAUUUUUGUGAAUCUACACCUUUUUUUGGGACCAAAAAUAUUAUUUCUGUUGUUUCUUAUGCCCUUUUUACUAUGUUACAUAUGUUAGUUUGUAUUUAAUUUUUCUAUUAUUUUUACUGCCAUUUGACAUCAAAUUUUGUUUAAGAGGUAAAAGAGGACAGAGUGGGACUUAUUCAUCAUGUUUAUUGUUUUUUGGUUGUGUUUUCUUUCUUUUUUUUUUUUUUUUGGUGGAAAUGUUUGUAUCAUUUGUGCAGACGUCCACCGUUAGUCCCAUCAGCAGUGCAGCUCUGGCAGACAUCAGUUGUCAAAGGAAGAAUAAGCACCACUGGUUGUGGUCCUUCUUUGGGCUUUGAGCAUACAGAGGGGAGAUGCACAGAUGAUGGAUAUACUAGCCAAGGGCUAAAAAGAAGGUUUGAAAAGGCAUUUUCUAAAUGCCAAGUAAUUAUUAUUUUUGAUAAAUAUAAAAAGUUUUAUGUUUGAUAUGUGAUCAGAAAGACAGAAAGGUUUUAAUGAAAACAGUAAUUUGAUGUGUUUGUCAUUGAUAGCCUUCUGAUUUCUUCAUGUCUUUCUUUCUUUUUUAUGUUUCCUUUUACUGGGUCAGUGUAACUGGUUUUCAGUUUCAACUUUCUGUCACUGUUCUGGUGUGGAGAGUAGCCAUUAAAGGAAAAGGGGUUAUGAGAAAA